AUGGAAGAAAAGAAAGCAUCAAGCGAACUAUCUCUGCCUCCUCCACCACCUCCUGUUAUAGCUGUAGCCAUUAAUGGAAAGAAGAAGAGCAAAUACCCCAUCUUUUGGGCUCUUGAGAAGUUCAUCCCCGAAGGCUUCUCCGAUUUCAAACUGCUCUAUGUUCGUCCUCCCAUCACUCACAUCCCUACCCCAAUGGGGAAUGCCAUUAUGAUAACAGAGCUUAGACAUAGCGUAGUAUCAGCUUACCUUAAAGAAGUUGACAGGAAAACGAACGAGAUGCUUCUUCCUUACACGAACAUGUUCGAAAGCAGAAAGGCGAGGGUAGAGAUUCUUGUAAUGGAAUCAGACGAGCCCGCAGAUGCCAUAGCAGAAGAGAUAGCUGGAAUUGGAGUCACCAAACUCGUUAUAGGGACGUCUCUUCGCGGAUUCUUUUCGAGAAAGAUCGAAAUGUCUUCCAUGAUCGCAACCGCGGUUCCAAGUUUCUGCACGGUCUUUGUUGUCUCAAAGGGGAGGCUAGCUUCUAUGCGUCCUUCCGCUAGUGUAAGCAUAACAUACGAGAGAAGCAGCACCACUAGUGGCUCCACUGAUAGUCCUAGAUCCCGUUCUGAGUACCAAGACUCUGUUUCGGAAGCGCGGUCUGGAAGCCAGGUGGUUCAGAUGGAUACGAGUUCAAGCGAUACGGACCACUCAGAAGUAUCUACAGGGAGAGGGAUGGAGAUUGUACAGAGAGGUGAUGAAGGGAAGAAGAGAAUCAAUAGCAAUGAGAGCUUUGGUGCAUCGUUUCCAAUGGGAGUGGAGGCGUAUAACGAGAUGAGCUGGACUUCUAGAUGGAGAGAUCAUGAGGACAGGAGAGAGGUCGUGAGCUCGUCUUCGAGCAACAGCCACGAGAUAGCGAACAUGGAUUGGAGAGCAGUGGCUCCUGAGAGUGAGAACUCUUCUUUGGUUUCUCAGGAAGCUUCUAACAUGUCUGAAGGACUCCUCAGUGUCAACUCCGUCACCGAUAAUCAGGCGAAUCUGAGCUUUCAGAUAGAGAGGCUAAGAGCCGAACUGAAACAUGUUGAGGAGAUGCAUGCCAUGACUCAAACUGAGACUAUCGAUGCCUCGGAAAAGCUAACUGAUCUUAACCAGAGAAAAUUCGAGGAAUCAGAGAAGCUUGUGGAGCUGAAAAAAGAGGAAGAAGUAGCUAAAGAUACAGCUUCAAAGGAGAAGGAAAGAUACGAAGAGGCGAUGAAGGAGGCAGAGAAGGUCAAAGAAAGCAUGAUGCAUGAGGCUUUACAUAGAAGAGAAGCAGAGAUCAAAGGAGAACGCGAUGCUAAAGAGAAAGAUAAGCUCCAGGCUUCUCUCGUCUCUCCAGGGAUCCAAUACCAACAUUACUCCUGGGAAGAACUCGCAGCUGCCACUUCUGACUUCUCUGAAGAUCUCAAGAUUGGUAUUGGAGCCUAUGGAACCGUCUACAAAUGCAAUCUGCAUCACACCACCGGUGCUGUCAAGGUCCUUCACGCUGAAGAAACUCAGCUCUCUAAACAGUUUGAUCAAGAGCUUGAGAUCUUGAGCAAGAUCCGUCACCCUCACCUCGUCCUUCUACUUGGGGCAUGCCCUGAACGAGGCUGCCUCGUCUAUGAGUACAUGGACAAUGGAAGCUUAGAUGACCGUUUGAUGCUAGUCAACGACACACCUCCAAUCCCUUGGUUCGAGCGUUUCCGGAUUGCUUUAGAAGUAGCUUCAGCGCUUGUCUUCCUCCACAAAUGCAAGCCUAGACCCAUCAUUCACCGAGACCUCAAACCAGGAAACAUCUUGCUUAACCAAAACUUCGUUAGCAAACUUGGCGAUGUUGGUCUCUCCACAAUGGUUAACCAAGACGACGCUGCUUCUAAAAUUACGGUCUUGAAGAAAACAAGUCCAGUGGGAACUCUCUGUUACAUUGACCCUGAGUAUCAGAGAACCGGUCUCAUCUCACCAAAAUCUGAUGUGUAUUCUCUUGGUGUUGUGAUUCUUCAGCUGAUAACCGCGAAACCCGCGAUAGGCAUUACACAUAUUGUGGAAGAAGCCAUUGGUGACGAUGCUGAGUUUAUGGGACUGUUGGAUGUUAAAGCUGGAGCUUGGCCUAUUAGUGAGACUCGUGAGUUAGCUGCUUUGGGACUGCAUUGUACGGAGAUGAGACGCAGAGACAGACCAGACCUUAAAGAUGAGAUCAUCCCGGCUUUGGAACGGCUUAGGAAAGUCGUCGACAAAUAUCAAAACUCGCUCUCUAGAACUCCGUCUGGUCCUCCAUCUGGCCCUCCAUCUCACUUCAUUUGCCCACUUCUCAAGGGAGUGAUGAACCAGCCGUGCUUAGCUUCGGAUGGGUACACUUACGAUCGCGAAGCCAUAGAGGACUGGCUGAGAGAGAAGGAUACGUCGCCGGUGACUAACCUUCCAUUGCCUAACAAGAACCUUCUUGCUAAUUACACUCUUUACUCAGCAAUCAUGGAGUGGAAGAAAUCUAAUAAACUAUAG